AUGGAAGGAAGACAAUAUUACCCUCCAAGAGAGAACGUCGACGGGAACAGAACCACCUUGGGAGGACCUCACUCUCCGUGGCAUUCACCUGUUCCUUAUCUCUUCGGUGGUUUAGCUGCGAUGCUUGGUCUCAUUGCCUUCGCUCUUUUAAUCCUUGCUUGCUCUUAUUGGCGUCUCUCUGGUUAUCUCGACGGUGAGGAAGACCAGAGCAGAGGCAGAGAUCUUGAAGCCGGAGAUGUGAAACCCGACAAGGCCGCCGUGGAGGCUGUACCUUUGCCGGAGAAGUUCUUGGUGAUUAUGGCUGGAGACGUGAGACCCACUUACUUGGCGACUCCGGCUGAAAAGAGUUGUACUUGUGACGAUGAUGAAGAUAAAGGUGGUGGUGAUGAUGACGUAAAGGGUUGUGAUCAGGUGGUGCGGCGGAGUACUGAGAGUAAUGGUGUGACACAGUGAGUAACAGAGUAUCUGAAGAGAGAAAGACAGAGGAACAGUUCUUUAGCUGUUUGCAUCUGACCCGGUUGCUUCUGGUAUUCGGGUCGGGUCAGAGCUCCAUGAUGAGAUUUGUAGUUAUAUUAUAUAGUCUGACCAGGUUGGUUCAUAGGGUGGCGAAAACUAAAAAAAAAAUUGAAUUGGUUCUGAUUAAUGUUAUUUAAUCUCAGCUUUUGGAUUAGUUUUUUUAGGCUUUUUUAAGUUGUAAGUUUGUGAUUCAUCAGUUUUGUUCCUUUUCUUAGUUAUAAUGGGAAAAAAGUCGGAAAACUGUAAAUUUCAGAGACUUUGGAUGGACAAAUUAUGAUUAUUUUGAGCUUGAAAUUUAAAAUAGAAUUUUGAUGCUUUAUACUUGAAAGUGUAAUGUUAUGGUCAGGACCAGUUCAUGUUUUCUCGUGGGGUUAAUGUGACAAGUGGUUUGGAAGAGUCUUCAGGUUAGAACAAUUGAAGCCAGCACCAAAGGCACGUGCCUUCAGAUAUGCAGAACAUAGUCUGAUUUUAAUUAGGUGUCUCUCUGAUGCGGCGAGGUGAAGCAGGUGGUUUCAAUCAAUGGUUCGUAGUGUGUAAUUUAUUUCAUUUUAGCAUAAUCUCUAGAAGUAAAUAAUACUAUGGAAUAUUUUUAAGUUUUAAGAAAGACCUUAACAUAUCUACGGUUGUCUUUUUCCAUAUGCUAUCUUAUCUUGUAGGCCUAAUUAAAGCUAGGUUUCUACUUUCUAUUACUUUGAAGCUAUGUCUUCUUUAAAUAUACAU